UACAAUAUUAAUAAUUUAAGAAAACAAAAGCGACAAAGACAAACAAGCUGAAACUCGGUCAGACUUCGGAGAGAAACGACCAUCUGUUGUAUGUAUGUUGAUAUUUAAUUGAAAGAAAUCCGUCCGAUUCCUCGCGCCUGCAGCCACAGAAAGUUUCCAGCGCGGAGUUUCUUGCACAGCUGCCAUGAACUGGACUUCGACGGCUUUUUCUUCUUUUGAUAUGGUUCUUCUGGGGUCUUCGUGACUCAUUUUUUUUACUGCAGAAGGGAGAGUUUGCACUUAGAGACUAAAGCGGGGGAUCUUCUGGAUUUUAAGAAGAGUGGACCGUGCGGUGUGUGUAUGUGUGUGUUCUUCGCCUUUUGCCCAACGAUCUGAGAAACUCGCAGAGUGUGGAGAAGCUCCGAAGACCCGAAACGGAACUUGAGAGACGGACAGACAUCCCGACGAUGACUUUGGGGACGGAUAUGUCCGACAACUCUGCCCUGUCCGAGGAUGUGGACAUAGACGUCGUUGGCGGUGACAUAGCUGUGGGUAAGGACGGGAAAUAUCUACAUCACCACCACGACUACCAUCUGGACCAUGACUCCGACGACAACCUGUCCCAGAACCCUGGAGAGAGCGCCUCGUCCCCAGGCCUGAGUACCUCGGGGUGUCCGGGAGACCGAGUUGGGGUAGAUAGCGUGGAAGGCGGAGGGGGGGGCAUGGCUGGAGAAAAACCGAGUAAAAACACACUGGUGAAGCCUCCUUACUCAUACAUCGCACUGAUCACUAUGGCAAUUCUUCAAAGUCCCAAGAAGCGCCUGACUCUCAGUGAGAUCUGUGAGUUCAUCAGCAACAGGUUCCCUUAUUACAGGGAGAAGUUCCCAGCUUGGCAGAACUCGAUCCGCCACAACCUGUCUCUCAAUGACUGCUUCGUCAAGAUUCCCCGGGAGCCCGGCAACCCGGGCAAGGGCAACUACUGGACCCUGGACCCGGAGUCCGCCGACAUGUUCGACAACGGCAGCUUCCUGCGCAGGAGGAAACGCUUCAAGAGGCAUCAAUCGAAUGAGAUCCUCCGAGACCCCGGGGGAUUCCUGCCUGGCUUCGGGUACGGUCCCUACGGCUACAACUACGGUCUCCAGCUGCCGAGUUUCCAUGCCCACCACCCGUAUCAUUCCCACCAUUCUGGAAGCGCGUUCCCUUUCCAGAACCCGCAGUGCGCGCUCCCUUCCCCGGCCUCCAUAUUCCCUUCAACGCACUCGCUUCCCUCCCUGGUGGGGUCCGACUUGCGAAAGCCUUUCUAUCCACAGCUGAGUCCCACCUUACCCGGACUGGCCCCUCUCAAAACGGACACUAGCUCGCAAAGCCGGCCUUCCUUCUCUAUAGACAACAUAAUCGGCGGGAGCAACACUCCGGCCUCCCAGUUCCCCGCGCAGCCGGGCAGUCAGGCGCACAUCCUGGCCAUGCUGAGCCCAGCCCUCACCUCAGCCUCCAACCACUUGAACCUCUCCCAGGAAAGCCUGCUGCAAUCGGCCGGCGCACAGACCUUCUCAAGCAAAGCGACCAACCUUAACAGUUGUCACUUCUAGAAGGACAGCAAAACAAAAGCAGAGACACCUCCUAUAUGCCCCAGUAAGGUUCAGUGGGCAUAUGCGAAGGAAUAUGUAUACUCCCAAAAUACCAAAAGAAC